AUGUUCCACAAGGCUAGUUCGUGUUUGGCAAGGUCCAAGCUAGGGAUAAGGGUGCUUAACUUGCAGCUUCCCUUAGCCGCUACCCCUUUGCGUUCAAGAAUAUCAUCAACCAUUCUCAAACAAUGCCGAACUAAAUUUUCCACUCCAUAUGUGCAUGCUCCACAGCUUAAAAGAGCUUACUCUACUGCAUCAUCAACAUUCGAAUCAGCUGCUAAUGCCACUCGCGCUAUUCCAAAAGCUAAGCCAGAUGUCGUUCCUCCCAAGUCGGUGGGGUAUUGGUUAAUAGGAACAUCUACUUUAAUUUUCGGCAUUGUAGUGUUGGGAGGUCUCACGAGGCUUACCGAAUCUGGUCUUUCAAUUACUGAAUGGAAGCCAGUUACGGGAUCCAUCCCCCCUUUGAAUGAACAGGAUUGGAUAGAUGAGUUUAACAAGUACAAAGAUUCGCCAGAGUUCAAACAAUUGAAUUCACACAUCACAUUGGAAGAUUUUAAAUUUAUUUUUUUCAUGGAGUGGAGCCACCGGUUAGUUGGUAGAUGUAUUGGACUUUUCCUUAUUGUGCCAGCUGUGAUUUUUUAUGCUCGAAAUAAGUUUACGCCGAGGCUCACCAAAAGAGUGAUUGGUUUAACUGGUUUAUUGGGUUUGCAAGGUGCUAUUGGCUGGUGGAUGGUUAAAUCUGGUUUGGAUGAAGAGCAGUUAGCUGAAAGAAAGUCUAAACCAACGGUUUCGCAAUAUCGAUUGACAACUCAUUUGGGUGCUGCGUUCUUGAUGUAUCUUGCUGUAUUGUACACUGCAUUUGAAGUUCUCAAUGAAAACAAACUUCUCACCAUGAUCAAAAAGGGCAAAGGUCAGGCUGUUGAGACCAUUCUCAGCCAAUUACAGAACCCGGCAUUGAAAAACACCCGAAUGAUGGCUUUAGGGUUGCUAGUGUUGACAUUUGUAACGGCAAUGUCGGGUGGUAUGGUUGCUGGUUUGGAUGCUGGCUUGAUAUACAAUACAUUCCCACACAUGGGUGAUGAUUGGGUUCCAAGCAAAAAUGAGCUUAUGUCAGAUGUGUUUUCUCGUAAGCUGGAUAAAUCUGACUUGUUUUGGAGAAAUUGUUUAGAAAACCCCACCACGGUGCAACUCAUACAUCGAAUCUUUGCCACGACGACAUUCUUUGCAGUGGUAGGUGCACACAUGUAUGUCAACAAAAGGAAAGCAAUUAUUCCCAAAACGGCAAAAUCAAUGAUGCAUGCCACAAUGGGAUUUGUGACAUUGCAAGUCACAUUGGGUAUUACAACCUUGAUUUAUCUUGUUCCAAUAUCCUUGGCUGCUGCUCAUCAAGCUGGAGCUUUGGCAUUGUUAACAGCAGUGUUGGCGUUCUGUGCAAGAUUAAAGAAACCUAGACCCGAGCUUGCUAGGUAUGUAAGAAGCUUAAUAACAAAAAGAGCAGUAUGA